AAAAGGUGUUACAAAUUUUACAAAAAAAAAAAAAAGCCCAAAAUUGCGGAGAUGAAGAAGUUGUUAAAUUCACUCGCCAUCUUUUUUUUUUUUCUUUCCCCAGGUUUUUCUUUUUUUUUAUUAUUUUAAUUCAAGAAUAUGUUGGCUUCAAUUACUUCACGCAUUGCUAUUCAAACGUCAUCUACUUUUAUCAAACGCUUCUAUGCUACAGGAGCAGCAGGUGCUAGUGUACUUUUACUUGUUGAACAUAAAGAUGGCGCCAUUGGUGGUGCUACGUUGAAUGCGUUAACAGCUGCUACCAAGUUAGGCGGAUCAGUCACAGCUCUUGUUGCUGGUGAUGCGCCUGAAGGUAUUGCAAACCAAGUAGCCAAAUUAGCAGGUGUCUCUAAAGUCUUGACAGCUAAAGAUGCAGCCUAUGCCAAUUUUUUACCUGAAAAUAUGGCACCCCUUUUGGUUACCACACAAGCUCAAUUUGGAUUUACACAUUUGGUUGCUGGUCAUACUGCAGUUGGUAAAAACAUUUUACCCCGUGCUGCAGCAUUGAUGGAUGUAGCAGCUAUUUCUGAUAUUACUGGUAUUGAAAGUGAAGAUACCUUUGUUCGACCUAUUUAUGCUGGUAAUGCUAUUGCAACUGUUAAAUCAAAUGAUAAAGUAAAAGUUCUUACAGUUCGUGGCACUGCAUUUGAGGCAGCUAAUUCUAAAGAAGAUAGUUCCCCUGAAGAAGUUGCACCUAAUGCUGAUAAACCUGAAUUAACUCAAUGGUUAGGUGAGGAGAUUCAAAAGAGUGAUAGACCUGAUCUUGGUUCUGCUAAACGUGUUAUUAGUGGUGGACGUGGUAUGAAGAAUGGUGAAAAUUUCAAAUUAUUAUAUGAUUUAGCUGAUAAAAUGGAUGCAGCAGUGGGCGCUUCUCGUGCUGCUGUUGAUGCUGGCUUUGUUGAUAAUUCAUUACAAGUAGGCCAAACUGGUAAAAUUGUCGCACCUGAACUCUAUGUUGCUGUUGGUAUUUCUGGAGCUAUUCAACAUCUUGCUGGUAUGAAGGAUUCCAAGACAAUCGUAGCUAUUAAUAAGGAUGCUGAUGCACCCAUUUUCCAAGUUGCUGAUUAUGGUCUUGUUGAUGACUUAUUCAAAGUUAUUCCUGAAAUGACUGAAAAGAUUAGCAAAUAAUAGAGAAUCGUAUUUAUUGCAGCUGUUAUUAAUAAAAUAAAGAAAAAAAAAUGUCAUAGAUAAAAAAUGACACAAGCAAGUUUAUUCACUUAAAAAAAAAA